UCCGUAGCACCUGAUUUGAAUGGGGAGCUUCUGGGAUUUUUGUCAUUUUGUGCGUUUGUACGGUGCGGAGCACAGAAUACAUAAUAGUUUUAUGGCAAAAUAUGUUAAAGCAGGAAUUAAAUAUCUGCUUUGGAGAGGUGCCAUCCUGAGUACGCAAAUUUGUACAAUACAAAGACAGUAGAUGUUGUUAUUGCUGAUAGGCCUUGCAGAACAAGGCAAGUGAGACCGGUGGUGAUUUAGAGAAGAGAGGGAACACUUGGUGUGUCUUAUCCUAGCUUUAAGCUGUCAGAACAUAGUCAUAAUCUGGGACCAUCAUUUCUACAACCAGACGUGCAGCAAGUAAACUCUGAAAUGCCGUAAUUCAUCAUCUCUCCCAACACGCUCCUGCCUCUGAAGGAGAAGAAUAUUCCAGGACAGCUCUAUCUGGACAAAUAGACAGCUUCAGGAGAUAAACUAUUUCUUUUUGUAUAUCUGUGAGAGAGUGAGUGUGCGUUCUCCAUUAGCACUAUGGAUAGAAGGUGUUAUGGCUGUGCAUCCAAAUUUACUCUCUUCAGAAAAGAGUGUGGGUGCAAGAACUGUGGGCGGGCAUUCUGCUCAGGCUGCCUUGGGUUCAGCGCCAUUGUUCCCCAUUACGGGAAUACUCAGCAGAAGGUGUGCAAGCAGUGUCAUGGGGAGCUAACCAGAGGAGUGUCUCAUACUAGUACAGCUAGAUGGUCUCCACCAGAGAACUACAAAAAGCGUGUAGCAGCUCUUGAGGCCAAGCAGAACCAGCCGACGGGUCCGCAGAAAGGCCCAGUGAAACCCCAAGGCCAGGCAGGCUCCAAAUAUCAGGGGCUGUCAAAGGAGGAUCGAGCUAUUGCAGAGAGGCUGGAGAGGCUCAAGGAGGAAACGAAGCCCAAGUCCAUCCCGUCUCAAGCUGAGAUAGAAUCUAGGCUUGCAGCACUGAAGGAUGACCCCAGCAAACCCAUUCCAUCCACACAGGAAAUGGAAGACCGUCUGGCUGCCCUGCAGGGAAGAGCCCUUCCAUCCAAAACUCCCAGACCGGCGCACCAGCCCCCUGAUACCAGAACCCAAGUCCAGCAGUCUGAUGACCUGUUGACCCAGCUGGCUGAGGAAGUUGCCAUUGAUGAGAGUUAUAGUCCAGGAGCCCAGCCUCAAGCUGUUAAUACCCAGACCCUGAAUGAUCUCAAUCGGAGAAGUGGGGGCGGCAUCAGCGCUGCUGAUCUGGACCCAAAACAGCUGGAAGAGGAGAAGAAUAAACUUCUGGCAGAGGCUGCUGCUGAGCUAAGGGAGGAGAACACUAGGGAGAAGAAAAUCCUAGAAGUUGCAAAGAAACUGGCAGCACUCAGAGGCCAGGACCCCGAGAAAGUUACUCUGGAAGACUAUAAGCUCCCUGACAGUGAUGAGGAGCUGACGGAGGAAGAAGCCAUUCAGCGAGUCCUAAAACAGCUCACGGAGGAAGCAGCUCUGGAUGAAGCAAGUGGCUUCAACAUCCCUGCCGAUCAGGCCACCCACCCAGCAACCUCACAGCAGAACACAGCCAAGAAAGCAAAGCUAAAGAGCCAAGCUCCAACUGCCACAGCUAGUGCUAAGAAACCCAUCCCAAUUGCUAAGGCAGAAGACAGUGAUGAGGAGGAGUUACCAUGGUGCUGUAUCUGCAACGAAAAUGCCACAUUGCGCUGCCAUGACUGCGAUGAUGAUCUCUAUUGCCAGCGAUGCUUCCGGGAAGGCCAUGAUGAGUUUGACCGGAAGGAGCACCGCACAUCUAGCUAUCGUCCUCCUCGUAAGCAGAAAUGAGUCCAUGAGCUGUGAAAAGGGAAGAAGAUGGAAAACAGAGAUACAGAGGGAGUUGUCAAGAUGGGAAGAGUCCACGAGGGCAUGUGCUUGCUACCAAAACAGAGGAUCUUUUGAACAAUUUGAGGAACCUCUGUAAUUCCAGAGAAGCUUGGCGAAAAUGUGACUCCCCUCCCCAAACAUAGCCAGGGAAACAUGGCUGGGAAUGAAGUGCACGCUCUGCAUACAUGAUCGUUUAAGCCAGUGGAACAUUAGAAAAUGGAUGAGUUGAUAUAAAUGGAAUAGCAUGAGUUUAAAACGGGGGGCAUUUGGAUGCUGGUAAAGCUAGGGAAAGAGCAUGAAUUUAAGCCAUUGUGAGGCUGCGUGAUGAAUCAUUUCCUGCUUUUGCUGCUAAUUUACACAUUUUGUUCAAAAAAGAUGACAAGGCAAGUUAAAUUAAGAAAAGAUAAAAUUCUUCAUGGCUUGAUCAGAUAUGUGAUAAGAAUCUCCGAAGUGUAAUAAAGGAAUGGGAGUAGGGAAAGCUCUUGAGAAUUUCUGAAAUUGUUUUACAGCAUGUCAUCCUGCAGUCAUGCCCUGUGACCUCAGUUCUAAUGCCAGAUGGAUCAAAAAAGGAAAUGAAAGGCCUUACAGUUUUUUGACAUACUCGGGCUGGAUGUGAGAGGACGUGAGGUGACCUAAAACUGUCGUAUAGCAUUGUUGGGGGCUUGCUAAACAGCAGCUGUGUUCUACCCCAGUAGUGGCUGCAUUUUAUUGGUGGAUGAUGUCAUUCCUAUAGCUGAAAAGCAUUCUGGAGUCUGUCAGGAUGAAAGGUGCUUUGUAAAUGUAAAAUACUAAUAAUGAGCUGAAUUCUGUUGUCAAAUAGGUAUGUGAGAAUUCUGUUGAAGUCAAUGAGAGUUGUACACAUUUGUCUGAGAGCAGAAUUUGGCCUGAUACAAUUAUUAAAAUCACUGGUAGACUAAAGAUACCACCCCCUGCUAUCUCCACUGCCCCCACAUAUUUCUGUUCCUACGAAUGAAUACAUUAAACGGAGCUCUAUUCUUGCCCAUCUCUGGUGCCUGUCCUGGUGCAUGUCACAGAUCCCUAAGACCAAAGUCAUUGGGGUUAUCCACUGACCUGGCAAAAUUCACUCUCUCUAAUACAGUUCUGAGUAAGCCAUAAGUUGCUGAGGUUCUGUUUAUAUUAACAGUGGCAGUGCCUAACUCCUUUGUACAGCGCUUUGGGAUAGCUGAGUAGGAAAGGUAUUGGAUUAUUAUGAUGUAAUGCUGACAAAAAGCCCAGCACUCACAAGAUGAUGAUAAACAGUUCCUGCUCUGAGGAGGUUAGUCUAAAAGAUGAAAACCAAGAUUCAUUUCUGGGUUUUACUGCGUAGGAGUGGGAGCCAUUUCAUAAUUAUUGGACUGGAAUGAUUACUCAGCUAACCACCCACACUUACAGAAAGGAUCUGCCUUGUUCCCUUUGUGGCUCAGUAUUUUCAGGGGGAGAGGGGAGUAACUACUGUUCAAAUGUCUGCUGUCUGAUUGAUUUUUAAGAGGUGUCUCUGUGUAGUAUUUGUCCAAACUGCUCCAGCAGUAGGUCUUAAUCCUGACUCCCCUCCAGACAUUCAGACUACGUGCAUUCAAUUCUUUGUUUCACAGCUACUUCUCUUAAACACCUCACCCUGACCUGUGGGUUAAUUACGCCUAGGUGAAUCUCAGCACCAUCCUAUUGAACUUCCUGGUUUCCUCAGCCACAGUUGAACUUGUAGCUAUUUAUAUAGUCAGCCAGGGUGGCCCUGUGAGCCCGAACAAGUGCAUCUCAUGAGGAAAACAAUUGGUAGGUUACAGCUUGAGCCAGCCUGCUGGCUUGCCCAGGGUUCCAAACUGGUUUCUGUGGGCUCAUCUCAUUGAACCCAGAAAGACAUGUCCUGGAACUGACGUUUAAUACCCAGUCACAUGUGGGAGCUUCUCUUUACUUGCUUUGGUCACACAGACUGACCUCCCCUCUCCACAGAAAAUGAACUUUUGUGGAUGCUGAACCCUCUGCAUGUGAUAAUGGGCCUUUUCUGUGACCCUCCCCUUGAAAUGCAUUAGACUCCAUCACUAGCUUAUCAACUUCUAUAGUGUGGGGAAAGAGGGCUGUUUGCAGCAGGGUAGACAGACUAACCUUUUGGUUUUCUCUUUGGAAAAGACAAAUAAUGUGACCCUUAUUUAAGAAGCAUGCUUUUAAAGAGUCGUAUGGCUAAAGCCCUGAACAGCUUCCCAUUAUCUUCAAUGGACUGGUGUGGUUAUAGCCUUGUCCAGUGCUUUGAAAAUACUCAGCAAAAGCCAUGAAAUCCUGAGUCACAGCUGUGCAAAUGAAGGGGAGAGCUCUGUAUCUGCAAAAGAAACAAAAUUGGGCUUGUGCCCUUUUUCGCUUCUUUAUGAGGGAUAGAAAGGGCCUGAAAGGGUUUUCUUCCCCCAGAACGUUGAUUUUUCAGCAUUUAAAAUAUCAGAUCUUGCCUUUUUUGGCUGGAGAAUUGAGAGUGAUUAUGACAUCAGAAGAGUUUAAAACCUGAAUAUUUGAGAGGGGAGCUCAGAGGUGUUAUUAGGAGUAUGAUUUAGGGGGAAAUCUUUAUUUCAUGCACAUGGGCCAAAAUACUCAAUUGUAAAACCUAGAUCAAUAGAAUGUUUCCAGCUGUGUUUUAUUAUAAUCAAAAGAGGGUGUGUUUUUAAACAAACAUUCCUAUGCAAUACUUGCAACUCACCCCUGGCAGGCUUGUGCUAGUGCCUGAGAACCAGGAUAAUAAAAGUAACUAGAAACUGAUUGUAAACAACAGCAAAAUUGGCUAGUCUAUUUUCAUGGUCCAGGCCAAAAUAAAUCCAAACAAUAAACAACAACAUACUAUA